AUGUCGAAAAUUGAGAAAGAAGAUCUUCCGCCGCAACAAGAUGAAAAAGAAGAACCACCAAAAACGGAAUCCGGUAACUCGGAUAAGGAUUUGUCGUCAGUAAUAGUCCCCGUGGAAUCACCUAUCCUGCAAGCUGAAAGAAACUUGCAACAUACCAAUAGCAACUUGGGGAUUCCGCAGGUUGAGAGUAACCGCUUGAACCAGAUGCUCUCUGAUUCAAACAACGAUAAUAAAACCCAAUGCUACGGAAACCAAGAAAGUUUCGAAGCACCAACCGAAAUCGGUUUAAUCGUCAAGCUUUAUAAGGAACCACACCGAUAUCACAACUAUGGUUUGAUUUGGACAAAAAACAAGUGUUAUGGCAUAGAUUACCAAAGAAAUUUACCCAUUCCAGCAUGGGUUAAAUUUGUUGUGCCAGAAGAAAAUGAAGGAGUGAAAAACAUUUUGAGUAUUGUUGAAACUGGUUGGAGUGCAGGAUGGGAACGUGACACCUUGAAGAACAAAGUGAUUGCUGUGAAAGGUGAGUUGAUGCUUCAUAGCUUCUACUACGAUAGGACGGACUGCUAUAAAUAUUAUAUACACGAGUUGCUGGGCCAAGUUAAAGUUGGUAAAAAGCAUUAUGACACUCAACCCCCGGUUUCAUGCAUCUAUGCUACUCUUUACUAUACGAGGAAAAAUAUUAGUGUAAUAGGAAGAGGGUUGUGUUGGUGGUAUGUGGAGAGUUCGACUCCAAUAUAUGAUGGACAAGAUAUGAAAGCAUCUAAAAAAGUUGAUGAUUUUGAUCAAAUUUUUCAUUUCGAUCGCAUGAAGCAAAAUCUGGAACCUAACUCUGGCACUUGGGGUAGUAAAGUUGCGCAAUCAAACAAUAACUCAGUUCCAAAACCAAUCCCAUUUGCUAACCGUAGCGUCGCUCCGAACAAAACCAUUGCAGUUACCAAUCCAAUCGGUGCUGAAUCCAAAUGCAGCCAAGGAAUGUCUGUACCAAAUGAUGAAAACAGUGCAACCCGAGAACAGUCUAGAAAAAAUGAGGUUGAUGUUAUCUCUGCUCCACAUCCUAUGCAAUUCAAUCAAAAGAAUGAAUCGGGAAAGGGUGUUUCCAUUCAAGCAGCCUACGAAAGCAAAGGAAAUAAGGAUACCAAAAAGUCAGACGUUUAUAUAAUCCAAAAAAAAAGUUUGAUCGACCAACUAACUAUGCCCGGAGAAAAUAGGGAGAUGGCCAUAAACGCAUUUAUUGAGAUAGCAAAAGAUGUGAUGAAAGAGUACAAUAAACUAGCAGAGGAAAUGAAAAAAAUCCAGAAAUUAGAAACAACUGGAGAAAUUGGAGCUGGAAUAGAGCGAAUUCCUUCCGCCAAAUCAUUGGAUUCUAAAAACAUUGUACGCAAGAGAGGUGGAAAAGCGAGUGACACCAAAUCAGAAAACCGAAACAUUUCUCAUAAUGAGAAAUGCGCGUCGUAA